AGGUAUGCUUGGAAUUUCGGCUGCUUUGAAGCUUGAUAUCCAUCAUAUGGACGUCAAGACAGCCUUCCUCCAUGGGGAUUUGGAAGAAGAGCUUUACAUGCGGCAGCCUCCUGGUUUUGAUGAUGGGUCUAACCGAGACGCUAAGAGAGUGCUGAGGUACCUGAAAGGUGGUGUCAAGUCAGGUAUCUUCUUCCAAACACAGCCCCAAUAUCAGGUCCAGCUGGUUGGCUUCAGUGAUGCCGACUAUGCUGGAGAUUCCGCAAGUCGCAAGAGCCACAGUGGGUAUGAGGGUGUGUGGCUGAGGCGUUUGUUUGGGGAGUUUGGCCAUGCUCAUGCUGGUGGUGUGCCUGUGUUUGUGGACAAUCAGUCUGCCAUUGCCCUUGCACAGAAUGCAUGCUUGCAUGGCCGCACCAAACACAUGCAGGUCCGGUGGCAUUUCAUUCGGGAGAUGGUGGCUGCGGGAGAGGUGAUUUUGCAGUGGUGCCCCACCAACCGUCAGGCUGCUGAUAUCCUUACCAAGGCAAGGGUUGGUGGUGUUUGACAAUCACAUACUGCAACUUUUCCAGAUCGAACUGCUCCCCUUCUCGUUUUUACUAGGUGAUUCAUGGCUGCCUAGCCAAAUUACCAGAAUACCCCCUCACACUGAUUUUGUCAUAAUCGGCGGCUCAGAUCUUGGUUAUGAACGU